AUGGCAGACCUCUUCGACAUUCAAGCUCAAUCCGCACGCCUCGAGCGGCAAGGCCUGCCCCCGCAAUCUCAGCAAUACAACACCCUCCCACCUCUCAAUCUCAUCCACGCCGCCGAGGCCUCUCUGCCCAAUUCAUCCGACCCAGGCUACCUUUCCGGCCAGCCUGCCACCAAAGUUGCUUCCCACAUCACCAAGGACAUUGUCCCAGCGUUAUGUGGCCAGUCCCAAUCGAGCCGCUAUUUCGGCUUCGUCACCGGCGGCGUCCUCCCCGUGGCUGAAUGGGCCGACAAUGUCGUCUCUCGCAUGGAUCAAAACGUCCAAGUCCAUUUGCCUGAGCAGACAGUGUCCACAAUGGUCGAGAACACCGCUCUGGAGAUGCUGUUGAGCCUGCUUCGCCUAACACAAUCAGAUUGGAAAGGCCGGACUUUCACCACCGGAGCAACUGCCAGCAAUGUGCUCGGUUUAGCCUGUGGUCGAGAGGCUAUUCUUGAGAAGAAGGGUGCGUCCGUGGGUGAACUGGGUUUGCUGGGCGCUUGCGCCAAGGCAGGGGUCUCGGAGAUUCAAGUCCUUACCAGCGGAGGCCACAGUUCGCUCUCCAAGGCAUCAAGCAUAGUUGGUCUGGGGAGAGCUUCGGUCAAGGAGCUUCCUCGAAGCGCAGCCCAGCCUUGGAAGUUGGAUCUUGACGCGGUGGAGAGAGAACUGGGUCGUCCUGGAGCGGCGAGCAUCAUUGCUGUUAGUAUGGGAGAAGUGAACACGGGUGGCUAUGCCCUUGAUAAUAUCAACGAAUGGAAGAGGUUGAGAGAGCUAGCAGAUCAACAUGCUGCAUGGAUUCAUGUGGAUGGAGCCUUUGGUAUUUUCAGCCGGGCCCUGGAAGAGGACCGAGAUGAAUAUCGACUGCUUCAUGCUCGAGCUCAAGGUGUCGACAUGGCCGACAGCAUUACAGUUGACGGCCAUAAAAUGCUCAACGUUCCAUAUGACUGCGGCAUGUUCUUCACCCGCACCCCGUCUAUCCUUCAAUCCGUCUGCGUCAACCCAAACGCCGCAUACCUCGCUUCGGGCGCAGUAGCCAGCAUCCCAUCUCCUCUCAAUGUCGGCCUCGAAAACUCGAGACGCUUCCGCGCGCUGCCAGCCUACGCCGCUCUCCUCAGCCAGGGCCGCCCUGGUUAUGCCAAGCUAUGUCACAACAUGGCCCAACUAUCGCGGAAACUGGCCAUUUUCCUGCGAGAGUCGCCGCACUAUGAGCUCCUCCCUGACGAGAGCGCUGAUGUUGAAGAGGUCUUUAUAAUCGUUUUGUUCAGGGCGAAAGAUAGGAAGUUGAAUGACGAGCUGGUGGCGAAGAUCAAUGCAACGAGGCAGAUGUACGUGAGCGGUACGAGCUGGAAAGGCGAAAAGGCUGUGAGAGUCGCCGUCUCGAACUGGAUGGUCGAUAUCGAAAGAGAGUUUCGAGUCGUGUCAGCGCUUUUGACUGCCGUUGCUGAGGGUCGCGAAUUCGACAUCGAAAAAGUGUAA